AUGGCCCCCUCUAAGGGGCCCCCUCCUGAAGAGGGGCCCCCAGGGGCCCCCCAGUUUAUUCCUCUGGAGCCCUUGAAGCCUCUGGGGAGGCCGGAAGCCUUUGCUGAGAUUCCUCCUGCAUACCCUGGGCACAAGCUGGGGUGUACGUACACCUCAACGAAUGAACUCAAGGGGCCCCUGGAGGCGAAAGGCGCUGUGGAUGGCCCCGAGGGGGCCCCUAAGUUUAAAGACCCUGCCUUUAAGGAGGCCCCCACGAUCCCUCCCGAGUUGCUGGGACCCUUCGUUGGUUGGACAAGAGCUAUACACUUGGGGUCCCCCAAACCUCCUUAUGAAGCUCUUGAGUCUGCGGACAUCUCUGCCUCUCCUUCUCUUCCUAGCGAGCCUGCUGCUGCAGCAGCAGAAGCAGCAGCUUUAACCUCAGCCUCUUCAAAGCGUAGCAAACCCCCUAAGGGGGCCCCCUCUAGCUCUAAAGGGAAGGAUGUCCCCCAGCCUCUUCCUCCAGAAGAGCCUUCUUACAUUUUGCACAACCGUAAGAGGGCCCCUAACCUUCCUCAAUCAGAAGGGGGCCCUCAGAGUUCUCCUAUUAAAUCUGUAGGCAACAGCAAAGGGCCUCUAGAGGCCUCAGGGGCCCCCAUUGGGGCCCCCCCUCCUGUGGGUGGGGGCCUCCAGCAGGAGUUGAAUGCAAAAUAUGGAGACAAGCUCCUUUCUCAUACUUGUCUAGAUUUAGGGGGCCCCCCUGCACCAGGCACUGUAUGCUGUACCCCUCCUGGUACCUGUCCUGGGGCCCCCCCUAUUGGCCCCCCUGGUGGGGGCCCCAAUGGAGUAGGGGCCCCCUGUGGAUCUGUAGGGGCCCCCCCGGAGGAAGGGGGCCUGCCUCUACUAAACCCCUCUGGGGACUAUACUGUUAGGCUUUAUUUAGAGGGCUGCUGGAGGCCUAUACAAAUUGACGAUACAAUACCCUAUGCCGGCCCCUCACAAGCCCCUGUCUUCCCAGUCUCUAACGAACCUAGAGAGAUAUGGGGACCCCUACUAGCUAAGGCUAUACUCAAAGCAUUCAGGGGCCCUCUUGCAGCAGGGUUGGGGCCCCCACCUGUUAUUGAAGCCCUUACCGGCAGAAAAGAAGUACUCCUCCCUCUGUCUCCUUCACUUGUCUCUUCUUACUGUCUUAAGGGCCUCUGGGCUUCGGUUAGGCUAAAGACACAACCCUGCUCUCCUGCUGCUGCUCCUGCUGCUUCUGCUGCUGCUGCUGCUGGAGAAGAAGGUGCAGCAACAGAAAAGGAAGCAGCAGCAGGAAGGGGGGCAGGAGGGACCCUUCAGGGGCCCCUUGGGGGGGGCCCCAUUGAGGAGAUGUUAGGCUGGAGGCCCUUUCUGCUUGCAGCAGCAAGAGAAGGAGACAACCCUGCAGUGUCUCUGCUUAAUCGGCAGUCGGGUGGGGGGCCCCUGCAGCAGCUAGCGGGGCCCCCUGGGGGUUUGUUUGCUUCGCAGGGGCUGGAGGAGUUAGGGGGCCCCCGGGGGGCCCCCAACAAAGGGGGCCCCCAGGUAGGGGGGGGCCCCCAGCUGCCCUAUGAACAAUAUCUAACAGACUUCAGUGGGGCCCUCCCUCUUAGUAGCCCUCAGCAUCCGUUUAAUAAAGAAGAGGAGCAGCAACGGAGAGCAGCAGCAGCAGCUGCUGCUGCUGCUGCACCUCCUGAAGUUCUGCGAGAAAAAGAAGGGGGCCCCAUCAUCGUUCGGAGGCCCUUUGCAGUGCUGCUGCAGCACCUGCUUGGGGGGGGCCCCCCACUACCAACAGAAAUAGAUAUUGAUGACCCUGGGGGCCCCCCUGUUGCUGACGGGGGUGGGGAGGCCCCUGAAGGAGACAGAAGGCCCUCAGAAGCACAUCCAGGGGCCCCUGCAGCAGCAACAGCAGAACAAGAAGGAGGGUCUCCUCGGGUGAGAGACAGCGGCAACCCUCAAAGCAACACGGAGACGCCUAGGGCAGUGGGGACAGCAUCGGGGGCUGCUGCUUCCUCCCGCCGCAGCAGCGCCACACAUCUCAAUAAAUCUGCUAUCAUUCAGGAGGCCCUGAAGACGUGGGGAGUGCCCUGGGCUACAGGGGGGCCCCCACCAGUACCCCCUGAGGGCCUCCGACUUGAAGGGGGCCCCUGGGUCCCUUGGGAGGCGCUGUUGGGGGCCCUUGCACCCAGGCGCUGCAGCAUCUGUAGCAGCAGCAGCAGCGGCAGCAGCAGCAGCAGCAGCUGCUGCUGCUGCUGCUGCUGGCAGGGCCCCACCUUUUCGGUGUUUCUGUCGGAGCAGGGCUUAGAGGAGGCCCCCCUGCGCGAUUUGUAUGAAUAUGAUUGGGGGCCCCUGUCUCUCCAGCUGCCGCUGAGGGCCUCAGUCUGUCUCCUUAACAUUCCCAAGAAGAGACUGUUCCCCCCAGCAGCAGCAGCAGCAGCAGGAGCAGCAGGAGUUUCUAGUAGCAGCACUGCUGCUGCGGGGGAGGCAACAGAGACAGCUGCAGCAAACAGGAGACGCCUAUUAAAUUACUUCAGGCCCCACACACUUAUUUUGUCUCUUCAAGGGACCCCCUUGCUGCUGGAGGGGGCCCACGGAGACACUCAACAGGGGGGCCCCGUUAGGGAGACAGGGGGCCCCCCUGACGGGGAGGGCACCAACGAGCAGCAGCAGCAGCAGCAGCAGCAGCAGCAGCAACAGCAGCAACAACAGCAGCAGCAGCAAGAGACAGCCUGCCAUCUCCUCAACCUGGAUACAAUAAUUCCGCAGUGGGCCUCAAAGACGCCGCAGGUCAAUGCUUGGCUUGCUGCUGCUGCUGCUGCUGCUGCUGCUGCUGCUGGAAAUGGUGGUGGUGGUGGUGGUGCUGCUGCUGCUGCUUGCUGCACGGGUGCAGUUACGGAUGCUGCUGGGAGCGCAGGAAGCGCUGCUGCUGCUGCUGCUGCUGCGGAGUUUGCUGCAGCAGCACAGCUGCUGAUGGGCCCCGAGAGCGUUAACACGCUGGCUACGGGGUGGGGUAGUUGGGGGGCCCCCAAGUGCAGCAGCAGAUCUGCUGCUGCUGCUGCAGGUUUGCUGCUGCAGCGCAUUAAGGGGGCCCUAUUGACAGAAGAUGUGGGGGUCCCUAGCUUAGGGGCAGAGAGGAGGGCCCCCCAGAUGCUGCAUCUAGCUAGGGGCCUCAGCAGUUUGCUGCUGCACGGAGAGGGGGGGGGCCCUGUCUCCUGUCUCCUCGAGCUGGGGGCCGGGGUAUUUGCCUUUCUUGUUCUAUUGAGGGCCCCUGCAGCAGCAGCACCUUUGACUGUCUCUUGGAGGAGGCCCCUGCUGCAGCCGCAGCAGCUGCAGCAGCAAGCGGAGGGUGCUGCUGCAGCUGCUGCGCAGCAGCAGCAGCAGAGCAAGCGCAAGGGGCCCUCAAAUGACCCCUCAGGGGCCCCUGGGGCUUUACCUAGAGACGGUGGGGGGGCCCCCCAGGCAGCAGCGCAGGGGCCCCCGGAGGCCCCCUGCAUGCACCUCAGCGUAGAGAGUUUCUUAGGGGCCCCCCCGCUCUCCUUUUGUGUGCAGCAGUACCCUAUUGUAGGGCCCGAGAGGGGGCCCCCCGGCUGCCACUCGAUAUGGUAUAAGGCAGAGGUUGAGGCCCUCUGGAGCCUCUCAUGGGGGCCCCCCUAUUUGCUGCUGCUGCUGCAGGUACCGCAUGCAGGUCUAGGGCCCCUCCUCCGUCUCUCUUUGACUCCCCUGGGGCCCCCUGUCUGUGUACCUGCUGCUGCAGCAGGGGGCCCCCUUGCUGCUAAAGGGGCCCCACAAGAACAGCAGCAACAACGAACUGCAGCCCUAAACCUCGGGGCCUCUCAUCUUCGUUGUCUCCCUUUGCUUCCUUUCUUAAAGGUGCCCCUGACUGAGCCCCACAUGCACCAGCUGCAGCAGCAGCAGCAGCAGCAGCAGCAGUACUAUGCGAGCAGGUAUCUGCUGCUGCUUGAGGCUGCACUCCCUACCCCUUCAAGAGCUGUUCAUUGUUCUUUAAGUAUUGCACUGCCUCCUCAGGGGCCCCCGGGGCCCCCAGAGGCCCCUGUGGGGCCCCUUGCUGCUGCUGAGGGGCCCCCAACUGCGGAUGCUUCUAUCAAAGAACCAGCAGGGGGGGGGCCCCCUGGGAGCCCCUGUACCCUUAGCUCUGUCUCUCCUCAGAGGCCCCUAUCUAUUCAAACCCUUCCUCUUAGCUUUAAGGCCGUCUGGCAGGGGGCCCCCCUAGGGGGCCCCUGUGGGCCCCCAGAGCUCUCCGACCUCUGUGGGGGCCCCUACGGAGAAGCAAUUCUUCUCUGCAACCACAGGCUUGUUGUUAGGGGCCCCCAGGUAGGGCGCUUCUCCCUCAGCCUCACAGUAGAAGGGGGGCCCCCGGGGGCCCCCCGGGCCCUGCUGUGUGCGCAGCUGCUGCAACUGGUGAGAGGGGGGCCCCCCCCUGAGACCCCAGCAGAGAGACACCCUAUAGAAGACAGCAGCCGCUACACUCAGGAUCUGCAGCACGAUGCAGCAUUAGCUGCUGCAACAGCAGCAGCAACAGCAGCAGGAGCAGGAACAGCAGCAGCAACAGGAGCAGCAGCAGCAGCAGCUCUUAGGGGCCCUUCUUCUGCCCUGAAAGGCCACCCCUCAAGGCGUGCUGCAGCAGAUACCGAUGAGGGGCCCCUACUCAAUGAGGAGCGCCUCCAGCCUCCAGAGGAGUUGUUGCUGCUGCAGCAGGAGGCCCCUUGCUGCUGCAUCUUUGCUGAUAUUCAUUUGCUGCCGGGUGUCCCCUAUGUACUGAGGGCCCACUACUACGACCCACGCAGCACCGCGCCUCUCUCCCCUACCUCUACCAGCAGCAGCAGCAGCAGCAACAGCAGCAGCAGCAGCAGCAACAGCAGCAGCAGCAGCAGGUUGAGCUGGGUGCUGGAGGCAACUGGCAGCAGUGAAUUGGCUGUGGGCCCCGAUAUAACAAAAGAAGAAGUUGCUGCAGCAUGGAGGGAGCCCUACGACAGCGGGAGGGGCCCCCAAGGGGCUUUGAGUAGAAAGCAGUACCUUCAGGGGCCCCCAGCAACCGUUGCUAGGGGGCCCCUCUUUGGGGGCCCCCCUCUAAGCAGCACAGAUAACCUGGGGGCCCCCAACCCCAUCUCCCUGCAGCAUCUGCUGCAGCUUAUCUACUGGAAGCUCAAUAUUAACCUCCUGCAGUUUGUAGAGGCACUCCAAGCAGAGGCACAGCAGCAGCAACAGCAGCAGCAGCAGCAGCAACAGCAGCAGCAGCAGCAGCAGCAGCAACAGCAGCAGCAGCAGCAGCAGCAGGAUCCCGCUGAGGCCCCCAACUGGCGAGAGCCAAAGAAGCUGCCGUCUUCUGGGGGCCCCCAAGUUGAAGAGCGCAACAGCAAAUACCCUACAGGGGGGCCCCCAGAGACAGAAGAAGGAGAGGGCCCCUUUGAGCUGACUCAAGAGAUAUUCUGCUGCAGCAAGCUGCUGACUGAGGGGCCCCUCAGCCUCUGGAUUGGGGGCCCAGAGGCCCUGAAGCGGCUGUAUAUAGAGAGUGUGGGGCCAGCGCUUGCUGCAGCAGGGGGGCCCCAGACACCGCAGCAAAUUGCUGCUGCUCUAGAGAAGGCUGCAGCAGGGGCCUCUCUUAAAGGCAGAGACGAGGAAGGGGGGCCCCCCAAAGGAGUAGGAAGAGACAAGAAGUUAGCACCGGGGGCCCCUGACAAGAAACUCAGGGGGCCCCCCGAGAAGGGGAAGGGGGGCCCCGCAGCAGCUGGAGGCAGCAGGGGCCCCCAGUCAAAAGGAAGCAGAGAGGAGACAAAGAGAGACAGGGGUCUCUCGUUUGUCUCUCCUGAGGGCCCCCUUCUGUUAUCUUCACCUCCCCAGCUCCUUAAGGGGCCCCUACAGCCUGAGCUGUACGUACACCCCGAGCUUAAGCGUUUUGUUGCUUCUAUUUCAGGAGAGUUUCCCUCUCGUGUUGUGAGACCCCACACUUAUGGGGGGCCCCCCGAGGGGCCCCUAUGGGGGGCCCCCGAAGGGGCCCUAUGGGGGGCCCCCGAGGGGCCCCUUUGGGGGGGGCCCCCGUUCUCCUUGUCUCUGGGGGCCCCCCACGAAGAACCUGAGGCCCCCUGGGGGGCCCCCCUAGAUGAAAAUGCUACAGAGACAACAGAAGAGCUGACGGAGGCGUGGGAGGAGACUGUCUCCUACAUUGGGGGCGUGCGCGCCCUGCUGCAGCAGCAGCAGGAGCAGCAGCAAGAGCAGCAGCAGGAGCAGCAGCAGCAGCAGCAAGAGCAGCAGCAAGAAGGCACGGAAGAGGAAGAAGGAGGCGGGGCAACAGGCUCAGGGGGCCCCCCUCAGCAGGGCCCCUUAAGCCCUCUACUGAGGAAUGCAGGAUAUUUUGGAGAGGCCUGGGGGCGGCAGCAGCAGCAGCAGCAGCAGCAGCAGCAGCAGCAGCAGCAGUCCUUCAGGGAAGAAGGAAGAUCGUCGGGGGCCUAA